AGAUCCGACUCAGUGCCGAUCGACACUUCCAACAGCAUGACCCUGUCACGCGGCCUCUUCUUAUGCUACGUCUUCUGUACAGUUGAUAUCCAGCCUGCUCGGACGGCCGCCAAUACAAGCGCCACGAUUGAGGACGGCACUCUCCCUGCUCUGCAGUUGACAGCCACACCGGCCUUCCCGGUGGCGGAGGGUCAGAAGGUCAGCCUGCGCUGCUGCGCACCGAGCUCACCGGCCUUUCACAACUGGCACUGGCAAAGAGAGGAGCAAAAGACGUGGAAGAAAGUGGCCAAGGGGGGCCAGCUCACCCUGAGCGAGCCACGGCAGAGUGGACUAUACCGCUGCUUGGCACAAAGCAAUCUAAGUCAGAGUGUCAGUUCCAGCCACGCCGUCUUUAUCAUCUCCCUUCAUGCAACAGCAAAUAUCGGAAUAGCUGCCUUGGCUCUCUCUCUUUUGGCCUUGAUAAUGAAUGUCGCCGUCAUGUUUUGGCUGGGAUGGCAAGGACUUAGAGACAAGAGAUGCGCUGCUAGCACGGGAGCUAAAGGUUUACCAAGAGCCAUAAAGGAAGCAAACGGAGGUCUUCCUCACACGGUGACUGACGGACACGUGUACAUGAAUUACUCAAGCACCAACCUGGCCUACACAGAUCUGGAUCCUACGAGUGUGACUGCGGACAGCACCUACUCAGUUCUGCCAUGAAUUGAAUCUGAUUAAGCCGAUAGAUUAGAUGAAUGGGAACUCUAACUUAUACAAUCACUUGUUGACUAACUACUGUCCACAAGUUGUGGUUAGCGGAAGAACACACCGCAAGCAUUUUGAAAUAACACGUAGGCCCGCGGUUUCCAAAAGCCUGAGAACUUACUGUUUUGGUGGGAAAUGCUGACGCCAUGUAAAAAUAAAAAGCUAGAUGACUAACUUGAGAACUUUUUUCAGUUUCUUUUGGUGGAUUAUCGUCAGA